AUGGCUGACGUCGGUGAAGCCUCUGGCAAGCCGCCGAAGGGCAAGCGCGAUACUUACACCUACAAUGGCAAGGAGUACUCGGCCAGGGAAUUUUACGAGAAGCUGAAAGACAUUAAGCGAAAUAGCCGUGCUUCCUGGUGGGCUUUCUUCAACGUUGUGCUGGUAAACAACGCAGUGAAGCUGGCCUGCGCGUUUUGCCCCACCCAGCUCAGCGCUACCAAUCCCUCAGCAGUGGCCCCACAGCAUCUGGCAAGCUAUCAUAAGGACGCAAUUUCGUCUUCCUCCCAGCAGUCUACGGACCCCACCGCCGGUGUAUUCAAGCAUCCCAGUCAGUGCAUCGGUUUUAUUAUGGUGAUGACUCUGCUGGCUGCAGAGGAUGAGAAGAGCGCGUGUGUGUAA